AUGCCCCCUAUUCCGACAUUUGUUGACAUUUUUACAACCUACAUGUAUUUUGGAGCAUCACAUUUUUUGCCUUGUAUACACCAUUUGGCCCGUGUCUUCUUGCGUACGUCGUGUGGACGUGUCUUCUCUCAUAUGCAGCAUAGACAGCGCCUCUUCCCGUACGCCACGUGGCCCCUGUCUUCUCGCAUGGACCGUGUCUUCUCAUGUGAACCGUGUCUUCUCACGUACACCGUAUGGACCAUGUCUUCUCGCAUACGCCGCAUGGACCGCACCUCUUCCUGUACAGCUUGUGGGCCGUGUCUUCUUGCGUAUGCCGUCUGGCUUGUGUCUUCUUGCAUACGCCGCGUGGACCGUGUCUCCUCCCGUAUGCCGCGUGGACCACGCCUCCUCCCGUGCGCCAUGUGGACCGUGUCUUUUCAUGUACGUCGCAUGGACCACGCCUCCUCCCGUACGCCGUGUGGACCGUGUCUUUUCAUGUACGUCGCAUGGACCACGCCUCCUCCCGUACGCCGUGUGGACCGUGUCUUUUCAUGUACGUCGCAUGGACCACGCCUCCUCCCGUACGCCGUGUGGACCGUGUCUUUUCAUGUACGUCGCAUGGACCACGCCUCCUCCCGUACGCCAUGUGGACUGUGUCUUCUCGCGUACACUGUGUUGACCGAACCUCCUCCCAUAUGCCGCGUGGGCCGUGUCUUCUCGCGUACACCACAUGAUCUGCGCCUCCUCCCGUACACUGCAUGGACCGUGUCUUUUCGUGUACGUUGCAUGAACCGUGCCUCCUCCCAUACGCUGCGUGGACCAUGUCUUCUUGCGUCCGUCACAUGGACUAUGCCUCCUCCCUUACGUUGA